CCGGGCGGUGCCAGUCGUCGGGCAGUGACUAGGAAGGCCGCGAGGCCCGGAGAGGUCGAGGUUCGGAGGUUAUGGGUCCGAGGUCCGGCACGAGGUAAGAAGAGCCUGCUGCCCCCUGGGGCGCAGCGGGAAGACCCGGCACCGGAGUUCAAGUUCUCACCGUCUGUCGGGAUUGGGAAACUGAGCACCUAGAUAGAAAGUGCGGCCGCAGCGGUGGUGGCUGUCCCGAUUUUCUGCGCCCGCACCUUCCUAUUGGGUCUGCAGAACUUCCGAGCGUCUGAGCGCUGGGCACCGGAUGGGCGCACCGGAGGCGCCCAAUAAAUGCCCCCUGGUGAACGAGUACGAGACCUACGCGACCAUUAGGGAGGAGACGAGCGCCGACCCUCAAGUUGGGGGCACCAAAGGCGCGAGCACUUAUUGAACCCUUAUCGUAUGCUCUCAUGGGCCAACAUUUGUCUCCAUUUUACGGAAGAAUCAGACGCUCAGAGAGGUGACGUGAUCUCCCCAACGCUGCACAGCUCGAUCAGUGGCUGGCACUGCGUUGGAAACUUGGAGUUUCUGGUUGCAGGUCAGCGCUUCCAAGUCGGUGACAAGCGAAAUUCUGGAGACCCAACAAAAGAGGUGAGAGUCAACAGGCCCCGUUGACUUUUGCAAGCCCCCUCGCUGAGUGACCUCCUCCAGAUUAUGGAACUCCUCGAAGCCCAGCCCCCUCCUCUGAAGAGGGGUGGGGACAGUCAUCUCUCCGGAGGAGCCGUUCUGAGAACCAGCUGAGGGAGGCAAGGCGCUGUGGCAGAGAGUGGCUGGAGCUGCUAGCCAUUUGGAACUGAAACACUGAAGAAGGGGAAGCAGGGGGUGACGGGGAGGCCCCCCGGGGGCUGAUGGCCAGUGGACGACUGAAACUGCACUGGGUGCUGCGUCCGCUGUGGGUGCUGCAUCUGCUGUGGGUGCUGCCAAUGGUGGAGACAGUGACUGGGACCAGUGGCCCAUUGACAUGGGCCCACAUGGGCCCCCCACUUCCAGCCUCAGGUGUGCACCAGACUCCCGUUGUAGAUUGCCGUGAUGUGUGCGGCCUGAACGUUUCUGACCGCUGCAACUUCAUCCGGACCAACCCCGACUGCCACAGCAACGGGGGCUACCUGGACUACCUGGACGGCAUCUUCUGCCGCUUCCCCCCCAACCUCCUCCCUCUGGCCAUCACCCUCUACGGUUUCUGGCUGCUUUACCUCUUUCUCAUUCUGGGAGUCACCGCGGAGAAGUUUUUCUGCCCUAACUUGUCUGCCAUUUCUACCACUCUCAAGCUGUCCCACAACGUGGCAGGCGUCACCUUCCUGGCCUUUGGGAAUGGCGCACCCGACAUCUUCAGCGCCGUGGUGGCUUUCUCGGACCCCCACACGGCCGGCCUGGCCUUCGGGGCGCUGUUUGGCGCGGGCGUGCUGGUGACCACUGUGGUGGCGGGCGGCAUCGCCAUCCUGCGUCCCUUCACGGCCGCCUCCAGGCCCUUCCUCAGAGACAUCGUUUUCUACAUGGCGGCCGUGUUCCUGAUCUUCUAUGCGCUCUACCUCGGCAGGGUCACGCUGGCCUGGGCCCUGGGGUACCUGGGCUUGUACGUAUUCUACGUGGUCACCGUGGUUCUGUGCACCUGGAUCUACCAGUGGCAGCGGAGGAGAUCGCUGGUCUACUCCAUGCCAGCCACCCCAGAGGUGCUGUCGGACUCCGAGGAGGAGCGGGUGUCUUCUACUGCCAACAGCUACGACUAUGGGGACGAGUACCAGCCGCUGCUUUUCUACCAGGAGACCACGGCUCAGAUCCUGGUCUGGGCCCUCAACCCCCUGGACUACAGGAAGUGGAGGAGCAAGCCGGCACCCUGGAGGGUCCUCAAGGUGCUCAAGCUGCCCGUGGAGUUCCUGCUGCUCCUCACCGUCCCCCUGGUGGACCCCGACAAGGAAGACAGGAACUGGAAACGGCCCCUCAACUGUCUGCACCUGGUGAUCAGCCCCCUGGUCCUGGUCCUGACCCUGCAGUCAGGGGCCUAUGGCAUCUAUGAGAUAGGUGGCCUCUUUCCUGUCUGGGGCAUAGUGGUGAUCGUGGGCACAGCCUUGGCUGCCGUGACCUUCUUUGUCACAACCAACAGCAAGCCCCCCCGGUUUCACUGGGCUUUUGCUUUCCUGGGCUUCCUGACCAGCGCCCUGUGGAUCAACGCGGCCGCCACGGAGGUGGUGAACAUCUUGCGGUCCCUGGGCGUGGUCUUCCGGCUGAGCAACACCGUGCUGGGGCUCACGCUGCUGGCCUGGGGGAACAGCAUCGGAGAUGUCUUCUCCGACUUCACGCUGGCCCGCCAGGGCUACCCCCGGAUGGCGUUCUCGGCCUGCUUUGGCGGCAUCAUCUUCAAUGUCCUGGUGGGAGUGGGGCUGGGCUGCCUGCUGCAGAUCUCCAGGGGCCACCCGGAGGUGAAGCUGGAGCCAGAUGGCCUGUUGGUGUGGAUCUUGGCUGGCGCCCUGGGCCUCAGCCUCGUCGGUUCCCUGGUCUCGGUCCCGCUGCAGUCCUUCCAGCUGAACAAGGUCUACGGCUCCUGCCUGCUCCUUUUCUACGUGAGCUUCCUCGUGGUGGCCCUGCUCACCGAGUUCGGGGUGAUCCACUUGCCAAGUGUGUGAGUGAAGCCCCGUGUCCGGGUCCACCUGGUGGUCGGGAGGUGUCACUGCAGGCGGCGAGGUGGAAGAUGGAGGAAGAUGGAUGACUAUGGAAGCCAGAGGCGCCUUCUGCAGAGCCGGAGGCGUAUGCUUGGUGGAGCGCCGUGAGGGCUGGAAGGACCACUCUCCCUACAAGGGGCUCCUAGGCGCUGCUGUGGGCCGGGAGCAAAGCUGAGCCUUGUUUCUGGGACUUUGGAGACUGGACUUCGUUGUGGGCGGACAGUUCCAGACAGAAGGUAGACUUCUCUCCGGAGCCUCUCCCAGGCUGAGGUUUAGGGUGAAGGGGUGCCGCCCAGGUUGGCGUUGAGGGGCUGGAGGCGACGACAGAGGCCCAGGCCCCUCCCCGGAGGUGCCCCCUGCUGCUUUCCUGCAUCUUCUCAGGGCUCGAAUGGCUGCCAAACCCAGGUCAGGAGCCGGGGCGACUGGGACCCGGUGGGCAGAGCGUCCCGUGUGCCGUGGGCUCGGGCAGCUGCCGUGGGCUGAGUCCUGAGCACCAUCCGGCGGAAAUGGAAUGUGAGACACAUGCCUCAUGUUGCAUUUUCAAGCCGCCACGUUAAUAAAGCCAAAAGAAGCAGGUGAA